CAAAAGCCCACCUUCUUAGCUUUAGGCUGACCUCAUUAUUUUCAUCAUCUCCUGUAAGUACUUUCAUCAUCAAUAUUACAAUCAGAAAAGCUUAAUGAAAGCUUUCAUUCAGUUUUUUUUUCUUGUUUGUUUUUCCCUUCCCUCUCUGAUUCUCUCUUUUUAUUUAAUUAUCUCUUCCAAUUUUCUCUUUGCUGAGUGAUUCAGCUAGAGGAGGAAGAGGUCAGUAUGGCCACCACUCAAUCCGCAGCUUCCAGUCCUGCGGACGACAAGCCACAAAACCCAGGGCUUGCUCAACCUACAAUUGAGGGUCAGCAGGAUGCUGGGGCUGAGCCCCCUAAACUAACUUCUACACCAUCUGUCUUUGUGAACUCUGAACCAAUGAGAGAGGAACAAGUACAAAAUGCGGUGAAAUUCCUUUCACACCCGAAAGUUAAGGGAUCUCCAGUCAUGUACAGACGGUCUUUUCUUGAGAAGAAGGGCCUCACAAAGGAAGAGAUUGAUGAAGCAUUUCGGCGUGUGCCUGACCCAUCUUCAAGUGCGCAGGCAACUACUGCAAAUCAAGAUGGACAAGUAAAGACAUCGUCAAAUGUUCAGGCACAAAGUACCACUCAAACUCUGCAGCCUGCAGCUGCUGCUCCAACUAACGCCAUUUCCUCUGUGCGUACCUUAACUGGGUAUAGAUUCCACUGGUCUCAUGCCAUUGUUGCUGUAGGAUUACUGGCAGUUUCUGGUGCUGGAACAGCUAUAUUACUUAAGAAAUCUAUUAUCCCUAGGUUGAAGGCUUGGGUACGCAAGGUUGUAUUGGAAGAUGAAAACGACAUUCAGAAGAAAACCGACCUGAAACCAAGUUUGGCAGAAGAAGCUGCGGCAGCUGCUAAAGCUGCUGCAGCUGCAGCAGCAGAUGUGGCAAAAGCAAGCCAGGAGAUGCUGAACUCUAAGACCGAAGAGAGGAGAUACUUUGUGGAACUCAUGAGUUUGUUAGAUGUUCAAGUGCAAGAAAUGAAGUCAAUGAAUAAUUCCAUUCGGAAAUUGGAAGGAGAAACAAAGGCCUCAAGAACCUCUCUUGUUGAUCAUGAGGAUAAUCGCUACAAUACCACAAAUUCAAAGCAACAAUAUGCGAAUGGCAAGGCAGAGUAUGACAUGCGAUCAGUGCAAUCUUCCUCAGCUCCUGCAUCUGUGGAACCAUCUGCUGCACCUCACCCAAAGUCUUAUAUGGAUAUCAUGGCCAUGGUUCAAAGAGGGGAGAAACCUCCUAAUGUCAAAGACAUUGAUGAUUUACCCCCCAACCCUAAUCAGCAACUAUCAAAUCCUCGCUUGGCACCUAGAGCUAAGCCUUGGGAGGUUGGUCAGGCCCAAAACAACUCGAGCCAAGUAUUUCAGUCUCAAGUAAGCAGUGAAGGCUUGAAUUCCAGCAUUCAGGACAAUGGGCUCGAUUAUCAGUCAAACAGUGAUGGUACAGUGCCUUGGUGGCAGCGGAAAAAUGCUAGAAUCACUGAGAUAGAAAAUGAGGUCAAUGCAGGGUCUUUUGGUGCACGAACUAGUGAGCUUCCAGUUCAGCCAGUUCAGCGUACAUGGGUUCCUCCCCAGCCACCCCCGGUUGCAAUGGCAGCUGCAGCUGAAGCUAUCCGCCGGCCAAAACCACCAGUGCAGAAAGAACAGCUGGGUAAUGAUCUGCCUAUUGCACCUCCAUCAGAUGUGAGUGAUGAGUUGCAGAGGAUAACAAAAAUAUCUGAAUCUGGAGGUGCAUUAGAGCUAAGUAACGGAAGCCCACCGUUGGGAUCUCCUGAAAUACAAGAGGAAUACAGCUUGUGAGAAAUCAGGAGUUCAUUGCAUUUAAAAGCUUGUUCUAAGGUGCUACCCGUUUAUGCACGCCUGUUAUACAAGGAUUGGAGAGAUCAAAUCAAAGCAAGAUGUUUCUUCAAAUAUAAAAUAAUAAGUUGUUCAAAUGUGAAAAGUUGAAGUGGAUUUUGUAGUGUUGGACACUUUUGGCCGACCCUCCUCCCUCUUGCAUGAGAAGCGUACAUGUGCCUUUUCAAAGAGUAUUUCAGACUUUAGUGGCGUUACUGUUUCUGAUAAAUAUGUUUAUUGAUUUUUCUCUUCAUGCUUUUUGGGUGGGACUAGCUUUAUUCAAACCAUAUCCGCACAAACAAGAAGAUUAUAGCUCAAGUGGUUAUAGUAAAUAUCUCUGCAUCUGAGAUUCUUUAUUCGAA